CUGUUAACAACAACAAGAAGGAGAGUGAACUCACUAUGAAGUUCUUAAGGAGUGGAGGGAAUCUACGAUAUAUUUCAUUAUCAACUAGCCAGUCGCAGAAAUAUUCAUCCUCUAAGACAACACAAGAGAGCAGUGAUGAAUCCCAUACAGCCAAACACGCCACUAUACCUCCUAUGCCUGCUACUGACUUCAAACCGGAGCCAUAUAAAGGAAUACCAUAUGAGAAAGCAUUGCAAGUACGACGCUCGACCCUCAGUCCUGCCAUCUACUCAUAUUACAAACAACCAAUGUUGAUCAGCCAGGGCCACAUGCAAUAUGUCUGGGACCACACAGGGCGCCAGUACCUUGAUUUGUUUGGAGGAAUCGCAACAGUCAGUGUUGGCCACUGCCAUCCGCAUGCAGUUGAAGCAGUAAAAAGACAGAGUGAGAAACUAUGGCAUGUCUCAAAUAUAUACCUGCAUCCAAAUGUGGACUACGCAGAGAAACUGGCAGCUAAACUACCUGAUCCUUUAAAUGUUGUGUACUUUGUAAAUAGUGGAUCUGAGGCUAAUGACUUAGCAAUGCUCAUGAGUAGACUUCAUACUGGCUGCUUUGAUGUAUUCUCACUCAGGAAUGGCUACCAUGGGGCAAGUCCAUACACAAUGGGUCUGACAGCCCAAUCAAUAUGGCACUACAAUAUGCCUAGAGGUUUUGGUGUACACCAAACAAUGAAUCCUGAUGUAUACAGAGGUAUAUGGGGAGGAGCAAACUGCAGAGAUUCCCCUGUACAGACACAAAGGCAAUGUGAUUGUGGGCCAAAUGAAUGCAAGGCAUGUGACAUGUACAUUGGUGAACUGAAAGAUGUCUUGGAACAUACAACUCCUAAAGGAGGAGGAAUAGCUGCUUUCUUUGCUGAAUCAAUUCAAGGUGUAGGGGGAGUGCAGCAGUACCCCAGACAGUUCAUCAAGAGGGCAUAUGAUCUGGUGAGAGCACAAGGGGGUCUCUGUGUUGCUGAUGAGGUGCAGAGUGGGUUUGGUCGUACUGGAGGGAGUUAUUGGGGAUUUGAGAGCCAUGGAGUCAUUCCAGAUAUAGUGACCAUGGCCAAGGGUAUUGGUAAUGGGUUCCCUAUGGCGGCACUAGUAACAACCAAGGAGAUUGCUCAGACAAUGUCAUCAGCGCUACAUUUCAACACAUAUGGAGCCAAUCCAUUUGCAUGUGCUGUAGGAUCUGCUAUACUUGAUAUCAUAGAUGAUGAGAACAUUCUAGGCACCUCAAAGUCUCUAGGUACAUACAUUCUAAAGGAGUUAGAGUUAUUUAGGGAUGAGUUUGAAGCUAUAGGUGAUGUCAGAGGAAAGGGACUCAUGAUUGGAAUAGAACUAGUCACUGAUAAAGCAUCUAAGACUCAACUCUCAGCUGAGGAGACCAAUGACAUAUUUGAGACAAUGAAAGACCAUGGGAUAUUAAUGGGCAAGGGAGGCCAAAAAGGAAAUAUUCUUCGUGUCAAACCCCCAAUGUGUAUAACUAAAGAAGAUGCUGAUUACUUCCUAGCAGUGUUUCGUCAAGCAAUUACCAAGCACCAGAACAAGUGAACUUUACAAACUGGGAGUAUUUCAGUGUGAAACACAGAUAAAAAGAGGGAAAUAAGACUGCAAUAAAGUAAAGCAUCCAUCCAUGAAUAUGUCAAUUCAUUUAACAUAGGUUGUUUUUCUACUAAACAAAAUAAGGCAAAACAGGAAUAUCAUAUCUGUGCCUUCAAGGAUAUCUGGAUUUUGGAAUUACACUUUGGAAUAGUAGUAAUAAUUUGCACAGACUGGAAUUAAAAUAAGUAUGCGAUUCUCUUAUAUCAUGGAACGUAAAGGUUCUAUAUCAGCAAUCACAAAUAUUUUUUAAACCAACCCAGUAAUGCAAUCUAAUUCAUAAAUAGCUUACCUCAUCAGAAUUUGGUUGACCAAUCACAGUCCACAUGUCAGUGCAACCAGGCAGCUCAAAUGUUGUAACCACUUGAGGGCGAAUUGAUCGCUAAAAAGUAUUAUAUUGCUUAUAUUUCAGUAUUCUAUAGUCAGUUA